UUCUUUUUCCCUUUUUCUUCCUUUCUUUGACGCUCUUUAGUUUGACAAAUAGAAGACACUUUGUGGGGACUUUUUCAGUCAUCAGAGGAACUUUUCAAGGGACUUUUCCUCCUCUUCACCCUCUUGUCGUUCUCAGAGAAUCUUCUGCAGAGGGAAAGAUGGAUCUGUCCGACCUUCCCUUCCCUCUCUCCUCUGCUGAUGACUUCUACAAUGACCCCUGCUUCAGCACCAGCGACAUUAACUUUUUUGACGACCUGGACGCUCGGCUGACGCACGCCAGCUUGCUAAAGUCAGAGGACCAUCUUCAUCACCAUCACCACCAUGACGUCCCCCUCACAGAGGAGGAGGAUGAGCAUGUGAGGGCUCCCGGGGGCCCCCACCAGGCAGGACAUUGCCUGCUUUGGGCCUGCAAGGCCUGCAAGAAGAAAACAACACAUGAAGACCGGAGGAAAGCGGCAACAAUGCGGGAAAGGCGACGGCUCAGUAAGGUCAACAAUGCCUUUGAGACCCUAAAGCGCUGCACGGCGUCCAAUCCAAACCAGCGGCUGCCCAAAGUGGAGAUCCUGCGCAAUGCAAUCAGCUACAUCGAAUCUCUGCAGGCGCUGCUGAGGGCCGGCCGAGACAACGGCUUCUACCCGCCGCUGGAACACUACAGCGGGGAUUCAGACGCCUCCAGCUGCUCUGAUGGCAUGAUGGAUUUAAUAUCCCCGUGUUCGUCCAGGAGCGAAAACAGUGAUGGCUCCUACUGCAGCCAGACAGCAGACGAUUCCUGCAGCGGUAAACGGUCGCUCGUUUCCAGUCUGGACUGUUUGUCCAGCAUUGUAGAGCGAAUAAGCACAGAUCCAGCGGUGCCCCCCCCGGGCGACAGCGUGGUUCCCCGCGGCCCUGGAUCGCCUCAGAGCAGCCCUGCAGGCUCCUGUCCCUCUGCUGAACCCAACAGCAUCUACGAACCGCUCUGAACGUGAUGGAGCCGAGGACUCGUAUUCCACAAACUUAUACAGACUUUUUCCUGAAGUUUCUUCAGACUGCUGCUUUGAUUUUUAUCCUCCCGAACAAACUGAAGACUGUGUUCCAUUAAUCUCAGCAGAACGAGGACCAUUUUGUUUGUAAAUAAGAGCUAUUUGUUCACAGUACCCUCUCACACAAACACACACACAUGCACACAUAUACAGACACAAGGGAUGCUGGGA